AUGGAGAUGGACCAAGAGAUGGAUGAAGAGAUGGAGCAGGAGCUGUUCGAAGAGGAUCAGUUUCAAGAGCCAGAGGAGUUUCCAGAGCCUAUGCAGUUUCCAGAGGCAGAGCCUCCACAAGAGGCAGAAGCGCAUCCAAGGACAGCCAGCCGCUUGUGGAGGAUAGCCACUCAUCAAAUUGAACAAGGCCAACCUGUUGUCAUGAAAGGCAAAGCAUCAGGUUAUACUAAGAAAAAAGGUAAAGUAAAUCUUGAUGAAGACAAGUUUAGACACUUGUCUAUGCUUGAGAGAUCCUCCAUCAGAAAACUUGCUAUUAAAAUGGAAGUUAGCAAGUCCACAGCUGGCAGAUGGGUGAAGGGAAACAAAAUCAGACCACAUACAAAUGCCAUCAAGCCUGCACUUACUGAUGUGAACAAAAUUUCAAGAAUGAGAUGGAGUCUUAGUCAUAUUCUGCCAACCAUAUUUGAAGGAAAGCUUCUCUAUCAUGCAAUGCACAACAUUGUUCACAUUGAUGAGAAGUGGUUCUACAUGACAAAGACUUCAGACAGAUACUACCUGUUGCCGGAGGAGGAUGAGCCUUACAGGUCUUGUAAGUCAAAAAGAUUCAUCACUAAAGUGAUGUUCAUGUGUGCUGUCAGUAGGCCAAUGUUUGCCAGUGAUGGGCAGCCCAUCUUUAAUGGUAAAAUAGGCAUAUUUCCAUUCACACAACAAGUGCCAGCCAAAAGGAAGUCAAAGAAUAGGCCAAGAGGGACACUAGAGACAUAG